AUGGGUACUGCAGACGCCCUAUCCCCGGUUCCCAAGAUGCAACCCGCCCACGGGUACCACAACCAUGCCAGGGCGCUACACUCCGCCACUUUUCUUCUCGUCCUUUUGUUUAUCUUGAUCCAAGUCGUGCGGAGUCGCCAGGGUGCCUUCGAAGUCAUCGACACCGACGCCCUUGUUCCGCUGAUCAAGCCGGUGGCGGGCAACACUCAUCAUGACGCCAUGUAUCUGCGCGAGUUCGCCGAGAGGCAUAGUCUCACGCAAAACAUCUCAUGGCUCUCCCGGAGAAUCAAGGUGGUACCGGACGCCCCCCAGAGGCUUCCAUUGGCAAACAUGGCGCAACCAUUUGCGGAAAGCGAGUUUCAAAACGUCCGCUGGGAUGACGAGGGCCUCAGCCUGGACGCCCAAGGAGCCGCAAACCUGCUUUCCGUGACGAAGAGCCCCACGCCCGGUGCUGUCGAUGCCCCCGACCUGCUUUUCGGAAUCUCAACGUCCUACGAUCGUCUCACCUACGAGAACGACUCUCUCAUCAAAGACUGGCAGCGGUGGCUCACGAACGGCCGGGGGUCCUCCAACGGGGCUACUGCCGUCGUGACACUGCACCAGGCCUCAAGUCGGGAGGCCUGGGAGAUUUACGAGAAGCUGCACAAGGCUGGGAUAGAUGCCACGGUGAUACCUCUCCAGAACAGCGUGGAGAGAGCGUCGAGAUAUCUGGACAUGAUCACCAUCCUCCUGGAUGUCAGCGAGGCCCUGGCUGAGCAGGGGCAUCCGAAGAGGUACUUUGGUCUCGUCGACGACGACAUAUUCUUCCCUACUCCGGGGCAGCUCAUCUCGAGACUGUCAAGGUUCGAUGCCGCAAACCCGUAUUACAUCGGCCUCCCCAGCGAGCGUUCGGACUGGGCUGUCCAUAACGACACGGUAGUCACCCACGGUGGUGGGGCGAUCUUCUUCACCCCCCCGGCGGCACUCAUCGUCUCCCACGUCCCGUGCCGCUCAGCUGAGGGCUUGACCGGAAACAACACAGCAUGGGACAGACUCCUCCACGACUGCGUCAUGAAGCACACCGACCUCCCCUUCCACGUCCUCCCGAGCUUCUACUCGCCAACCGACGCCCUUUACAGCAUCCAGGCCGCAAGCUACGACCUCGGCGUCUCCCCGCUAACCCUCCGCCACGCCAGGUCCCGCCACCGCUUCACCCCGAGCCCGGCGCACCUAGUGACGGCCGUCUGCGGCGAGGCCUGCUUCUUCCAGCGCUUCCGCUUCGGAGACGAAUGGAUCCUCGUGAACGGGUACUCCCUCACGCACUACCGCGCGGGCUUCGAAGUCGUGCCCAUGGCGAGCGACGCGAAGCUCCUGGGAGCGAUGCAGUACGGCCAGGACGCGAAUCUGCCGCUCGGCGAGGGGAUCGUACUGCGCGAGACGGGGGAGAGAAAGGAGGUCGUGACGUGGAAGGGCACGAGGAACGUCUGGCUGUUCCUGGACGCUGGUGUCGGGGCGAGGGGCGAGGUGUGGCAGGCGUAUGUGAAGAGGAGAGGUGGGUCGGGCUUCAUGACCGGGGAGGCGGAGGAUGAAGAUGGCGAUGCAGACCACCUUGAUUCUGUCGUUGUGUUGGUGUGGGAGACGUAG